GUGAGAGAAGCCCACAUUUCCAGAGCUCUUGCCUGCCCUCACUGUUACCCAGUUCCUCAUCGCUGUUCCUGUGCUCACAGUCGGUUAUAGACCCCAGAACACAUGCCCUGAAGAGAAUGUUCCAGACCAAAGCUGUCAUGCUGAGUGCCCUCUCCUUGGCUUACUUGCUGAGUCUUCAGGGAGCUGGGGCCAUCCAGGUGGACCAUGUGUCAACUUAUUUGACAUUUACACAAACACACAGACCCUCAGGGGAGUUUAUGUUCCAGUUUGAUGGGGAUGAGAUGUUCUACGUGGACCAGGACAAGAGGGAGACAAUCUGGAGUCUGGAGGAGUUUGGCCGCGUCUAUUCCUAUGAGGUUCAAGGCGGGCUGCAGAACCUUGCUGUAGCAAAAGGAAACCUGAAUACCCUGAUGCAGUGUUCCAACCACACCCAGGCCUCCAAUGAGCCUCCUGAGGUGACUGUGUUUCCAAAGAAGUCCGUGGAGCUGGGCCAGCCCAACACCCUCAUCUGCCACGUGGACAAGUUUUUCCCUCCGGUGCUCAAUGUGACGUGGCUGCGCAAUGGACAGCCGGUCACUGACGGUGUCACCGAGGGAUGGGCUGGAAAGGUCAUGGCAAUGCCUCUGGAGAUCAACAACGCCCAGCUGCUGCUUCAAGCAGACCACGUGUCAACAUACGCAGAGUUUGUCCAAACACACAGACCUUCUGCAGAAAACAUGUUUGAAUUUGAUGAGGACGAGCAGUUCUAUGUGGACCUGGAUAAGAAGGAGAAUGGCCUCUCCCAGAGUUCAUUCAUGCCUUUGACUAUGAUGCUCAGAGAGGCAUUGCUGACAUUGUCGUGGCGAGGAGGAACUUGA